CGCGCAUGUCACGUCAAAUUAAAAAUAAUAAAAUGGCCCCGAAUUCCAAUUACAAUGAUUGAACUGAACAAUUUAACAGGCCAAUUUCUAAUUAAAAAUCCGCAGAUACGGUCAACGCGAGUGCUAACAAUUCGGGCGUCGUUCUAGUGUCGAUAGAAACGUUUCUUAAGUGCAGACAAACCGUUUACGAGCAAUUUCACAGCAUAUGUCAGCGACUAUGGUAGAUGAUACAGUAAGCAGUACUGGUACUCCGAUGGAUUUGAACUAUAACAUUUCAGCGGAUAGUGAUUCGAUAUUCCUUCAAACGAAACUGUGCCAAACCAUAGCGGGCCUCUUCGUGUGGGCAGCUCUGUUUCUGACCUGCAGCCAGAUCUACCACCACCUCAGGUGGUAUACGAACCCUGUAGAGCAACGUUGGAUCGUAAGAAUUCUAUUUAUUGUACCCAUAUACGCCGCCCAUUCUUGGAUAAGUUUGCUGUUCUUCAACUCAGAAAGCUACUAUGUGUAUUUCUUCGCCAUCCGUGACUGCUACGAGGCCUUUGUGAUUUACAACUUCCUUUCGUUGUGUUAUGAGUACCUCGGAGGAGAGAGCCACAUCAUGUCGGAGAUCAGGGACAAGCCCAUCAGAUCGAGCUGCAUCUACGGGACCUGCUGCAUGAACGGCAAAAUAUACACCAUCGGAUUUUUGAGAUUCUGCAAGCAAGCCACCUUGCAAUUUUGCUUGAUCAAGCCUCUCAUGGCCUUCAUUACUAUCUUUCUGCAAGCUUUCGGUCAUUACAGGGACGGCGAUUGGAGCCCCGAUGGUGGAUAUUUGUAUAUCACGAUAAUCAAUAACAUUUCCGUGUCUCUUGCCCUGUACGGACUUUUCCUGUUUUAUUUCGCUACUAAAGACUUGCUUACGCCUUUCGAGCCUGUUUUAAAGUUUUCAACUGUAAAAUCUAUUAUAUUCCUAUCGUUUUGGCAAGGAGUUGCUUUAGCUAUUUUAGAAAAGGCGGAUGUUAUUGCACCUGUUAUCGACAAUAAUGGAACAAGAUCAACUGGUACUGUCUCUGCAGGUUAUCAAAACUUCCUAAUAUGCAUAGAGAUGUUUUUCGCCGCUGUAGCUUUGAGGUACGCCUUCCCGUACAAACUAUACGCUCAAGGAUGCAGGGCCGAUUCCAGAGGGCGCUCUGUCACAAUGCAGAGCAUCUCGAGCAGCCUCAAAGAAACCGUUAAUCCCAAGGAUAUUAUGACCGAUGCCAUCCAUAAUUUCCAUCCGCAGUACCAGCAGUACACGCAAUACAACUCGAACUCGAUAUCACGACAGCCGUACGAAAGCUUGUGACAGUCGCAGUUUAGCGAUGAUUGAAUUUGUGAUAUUCGGUCAUUCGCUAAUUGGAUAAUGUACUUAAAAGACAUCUCUACUUACCACCCACUGUUUCUAACGAAUCAAAACAAGAUAUUGACUAUUGUUUCUUCAACUUAUAGCAUAAAUGUUAAUUUUUUUUACUUAUAAUUUAAGGUAUGUAUUAUAUUAUCAAAUAAAGGUGUUAUAAAUGU